UGACGUAUUACCACGAAUAGAACUGUCAAAUAAUCAAGACCAAUAUUAUCAACAAAUCUUCAAAAUGAUGUUAAUAUAAUUGUUUAACCACGUUUAUAUUAUUAAAAAAUGGCGGAAGAAUUAAAAAAAUACCUUAAUCAGCUGCUCCAGAGGGUUAAUGGUUUGUUAUGUAUUCUCAUAACAGAUAGGGAUGGCGUACCAUUAUUAAGGGUUGCUUCCGAAAGAGCCCCUGAGCUGUCUAUGAGGCCAGGUUUUCUAUCAACUUUUGGCAUGGCUACAGACCAAGCUAGUAAAUUAGGUCUAGGUCGUAAUAAAACAGUUAUUUGUAUGUACUCAAAUUAUCAGGUGAUACAAAUGAAUAAGCAACCAUUAGUUUUGAGUUUUGUAGGAACAGAAAGUUGCAACACAGGUCACGUUUUAUCCCUCGAAUCUCAAAUUGAACCAUUUCUGGAAGACUUAAGAUUUGUGGUUAAGGAUUCUUAA